AUGGGCUGGGAUUUUAUUGAUGAAGAUGGAGAAUGGGGUUUAUGGGCUGUCGGGUGAAGUGUUGGAGGAUUUAGGGGGAUUUGGAGGGUUUUCGUUGAUAGAGGUUGGAGGGGCUUGUUCUUGAUUUUCAUGUUUGGGCACUGAAGAUUGAGGUUGGACAGUUCUUUGUUGAUGGGGAGCUUGAGAAUGAAGAGAUGGAGGUGGAUUUGGGUAGAAUUCAUUUCUGUUAGGAGCUUGAUAUUCUUGAUCAUGUCUAUGCAAAAAUUCCCGUUGAUGAUCAACACUAUAUCCAUCUUGAGGAUAAUGAUCAACAUAUCUAUACUCCACAUCUUCAGGUGGAAAAGCCAACGGCGUAGUCCUUUCCUCAUACCCUCUUGGACCUCUUCUCCUUGCUCCUUUACAUACCGAUGCUCAUAUGCUCGACAGUAUGCAUCAAAACAUAAGACUCCCCGCUACUAUCAACAUAACUUGAACACCUGACAUUGGUCUCCUCCUCACAACCACACAAGCUUGUGAGAUAUGCAGGCAUAUAUUCCCUCAUCACCUGUACAUAUACGGGCACUGGAUGUCUUCUCCACACAUCGUUAAAGC